AGUCGCUCACCUGUGCACGAUCCGCGUGCAGGAGCGUGCACACACACACACACACACGUGGACACACACACACACACACGUGGACACACGCACACGUGGGGAUAGACGCGCACACGUGAACACGCACGCGCGCUGUCUGGACUUGUCAACUCAAGAUUUUUCAGAAGGCAUAUACCAACAUGGCGGCUGGCCUUGAGCUGCAGUGCAUUCUGGGGGCGGCCAUGAUGCUCUGCCAGGUCGCCUCGACGAUGGGCGGAGCUCCUCCACCCCGGGGUGCAGGAGGAGGAGGCUACAUGGAGUUGCCGGGCCAGUACAAGGGCCCCCUACCCAGCAGGGACAAGCAUUACGGGCGCGAGCAGUACGUGCCUCUCGAAGUCCCCUUGCACGGCAACGGACAGAAGGGAGAGAAAGGACAGAAUGGAGAACCUGGCCCGCGGGGGCUUCCAGGCCCAGCCGGAGUCCCGGGGAAACCGGGAAUAGGCCUCCCCGGCGCUCGAGGUCCUCCAGGAACGCACGGCCCUCCGGGAUACACCGCCAUGGCCAAGCCGGGCCUACCGGGUCUUCCCGGAAAGCCAGGCCUGAAGGGUCUGCCCGGGCCCAAUGGAGACGUAGGCCCUCAAGGGGAGCCCGGAUUGCGGGGCGCGCCAGGAAUCUCAGGAAUGCCGGGAAAGCCGGGCAUUGCCAUGCGUGGGAAGCCGGGGCCGAAUGGAAUCCAGGGUGUGCCCGGUGGGAAUGGCCCACAGGGUCCGAAAGGCAACCAAGGAGUUCCGGGAGUGCCGGGGUUCAAGGGCGAGAACGGGAAUGGCAGGCCUGGCGUCACGGGCCCAAGAGGAUUGCCCGGACCUUCGGGUCCUCCUGGAGGGGCCGGAAUUCCGGGAGUUGGAAAUCCAGGGCUUGAUGGGAUUCCAGGCCUCAAGGGACUGCCCGGACUUCCCGGCGAUAAAGGACUUCCCGGGCCGAACGGCCCUCCCGGAUUGCAAGGCAAGCCAGGUUUCCCGGGUCCAGCUGGAGUGGGAAAACCGGGACCGGACGGGAAGCCUGGCCACCAGGGCAUUCCCGGACUAAAAGGCGACAAGGGGCAACCGGGCGCACCGGGUCUCCCGGGAAUACCGAUCAAUGGCAAGCAAGGCAUGCCCGGCGGGCGCGGAGACCGGGGGCCACCUGGAGGCCUUGGAAUACCGGGCCCCAAAGGCGAGAAGGGUUUCAACGGCGUUCCCGGCUUGAACGGCCCACCGGGAGAGAAAGGCCCCACAGGGCCACCGGGAGGCCGUGGGAUGCCAGGGCAGGGCGGUAUUCCGGGAGCAAAAGGAGACAUCGGAAUGCCGGGCCCUGUGGGUGCCAAGGGAUACGGCGGGGGUGUCGGUCAACCGGGCCUUCCGGGUCCCAUCGGCCUUCCCGGCGACGAUGGGAAACCGGGCUUCCGCGGCCCCACCGGUCCAUCGGGGCCCAAGGGGGAACAAGGACACAAAGGCCUUCCCGGCUUCCAGGGACCGCCGGGCCCCGUGGGACCGAUGGGAAACCCGGGACCGUCGGGGCUGCCCGGCCCUCGCGGCAUCACCGGCAAUUCCGGGUCGCCGGGCGGAGUGGGGCCCAUCGGCCCGCCAGGCCUGCCCGGAGCAAAGGGCCACCCGGGCCCGGUGGGGAACCCCGGGGCGCCGGGCAUGGGCAAGACGGGCCCGGAGGGCCCCACGGGGCCAGCGGGAAAACCGGGCCAGCCGGGACUCAUCGGCCGACCCGGACCGCCGGGCCCUCCGGGAGCGCCGGGGAACGCCGCGCAGCUCGUCGGCCCCAACGGUCUCGGCGUGUCGGAGCUCCGGGGCUCGGCGAACGGCCACGGCGUGGACGAAGGCCCCCGCCCGGGCGCGUCGGGCAAGGUCGAGGGCUCGCUCGGCCGCUUCUCGGCCUUCUCGGCACGCCUCGCCGAGCCCUUCCCGCAGGCCGGCGUGCCCAUCCGGUUCGACGGCGUCAUCUACAACACGCAGCGGCACUACAACCCCACGACGGGCGUGUUCACGUGCGUGCUGCCGGGGGUCUACUACUUCGCCUACCACGUGCACGUGAAGGGCAGCAACGCGUGGGUGGCGCUCUACCGCAACGGCGAGGCGGUGAUCUACACCUUCGACGAGUACAAGAAGGGCUUCCUGGACCAGGCGUCGGGCAGCACUGUGCUCGAGCUGGGUGCCGGCGACCGAGUCUGGGUCCAGAUCCCGUCGGGCCAGGCCGACGGCGUGUUCGCCGAGAAGCUCGUGCACUGCACCUUCUCCGGGUUUCUGCUGCAUCCCAUGUAAAGGGUAGAGGCCAGGGUGGGGAGGUUUUAGGGGGUAAGGGGUGGAAGGUGGGUGGGUGGGGGCGUUUAACCCGAGCCUUCGUACAAGAUGAGAGGAGGGGCUACCGUCCACCCACCUCCACAAUACCGCCCCCCCCGUCCUGUCCAUCCUAUCUCCACAAUGGGGUCCGGUGGAUAGGUGGAAUUUGGAGGGGUUCCUCCUGCCCUGCCACCCUCCCACCGCGGUGUUCUGUCUCGGGCCCUGCAAGGAACCACCGGGCGGCCCUGUGUGGCGAUUACGUGGAGUCGAACUUGGUCUGGAGGUCGUUAGGUGAAGUGGGGUUUCUCGUCUCGUGUUGUGUUUAUCUCGCGUUUAUUUUUUUAACCGCGUCAGAGCAAAUGCGUCUGUUGUUGUUGUUAUGUGUGUGUUUGUGUGUUUGUGUAGGGGCAGCAGCAGCAGUUGCCAGUGUAAUAAAGCCCUGAUGAGAAAAAAACCCCACAAGAAUAGACUUUUAUCCUUUUCUGACAAUAAAGCAAGAGUUAUGUUAAGAUGUUCACAACGCAUCAAGGCUACAUGAACCACACGUACUUGUUGCAAUACAUCAAUACAUGCAAACAAAGUUGCUCUGAUAAUGUAUGCGUCGUCGUUGAAAUUGAUUGGCCUCCACCAGUGUCAGACCAGAGAACGCCAAAAGGUGAAUAGUUACAAAGGAAAUGCUAAUUUCAAAGCGUGAAUCGCUUUGGUUGAGCCGCUAUAUCUAUGGGUCCUUUUUGCCAGUAUCAAAAUAAUGAAAAAAAUAAGUAAUAUUUUAAAAAAACCUUUUUUAAACGCACUUUCAUGAAAUGUACCGUAGUCAUAAUGGCAGGACUCCACGACUCCAGGAAGUGGCCCCGAAGCUUGCCAUAACGUAAGGAACUGUGGUGAUUUACAGCCAACGUGAGUUGAGCGUGGACAAUUAGACCCAAGCCGAAACAUAACAUAUGAAAAAUAAUGUUUAAAAAUAUAUAUAUUUUUUAAUAAUAGAAUAUAGUAUUGUCAUCAGUAUGACAUAAGUAUACCAAGUUUGCAGUCGAUACCACAUUGGAAAGUGGGUUAAAAUUGAGUUACAAGAUUUGAGGAUAUGAGAACAACAACCACAACGACAGACAGAGUGAGUUAAAUGAAAGCGUGUAAUAAAAUAAGAAUUGGCUUCGCCCAUUCUGGCAAUAACACAUGAGCUGUGAAGAUGUUCAGACACCAAAUAGACACACCUGUUGCAAGGCAUCAACACGUCUGCAUUAACCACGCACAGAACUCGUGGCAAAACAUGCAAACAGACAUGGCAAAAAAUUAACCCGUAAAACAAAGUUUUUCACUAUAAAUCCUUUAUAUGCGUGGCAUCGGGGCGGCUAGAGUCCUCUCGUCCUCUGGCUUGAGAUGGCUGCCACCUAUGGGUCAGAUGAUUGUCUGGCAGCAUUAAACAAUUGGUAAUUAAAUAUUUAAUUUGUUUUCCCUAAAAAGUGUAAAAUUUUGGAAAAAAAAUUUCACGAAAAUAAAUUGUCACGCACAACGAGUCUUUGUGCAAAAUGUCAGCUCGAUUGGAUCACGGGAAGUGGGUUAAAAACGACCGAAAGAUUUGCACGGUCGUAAGCAAGCAAGCACGCAAGCACGCAAGCAAGCAAGCGAACUUAAUAUAAAGGAUUUAAAAAGGUCCCAUAGUAAAGCCCUGAUUGGCCGAUGCAACACAGAGGUGUCAUGGUUUCACCGUAGUUGGGGAUGAUCAGUGUGCAGCAACUAACCCCCUCAUGCCAGCGUCUCUACUGCCCAGUGAAAGCUGUCUUACUAUGAGGAUUGCGUUACACGGCCUGGAUUUUAUCAACACACACACACUGCUGAUGUUUCUGUAAGAUCAUCAUCAUCAUCAGCGUCGUUAUCAUCGGCAUCGUCAGUGUUAUAAGUCUACAGAAACAGGGUUACGUUGUCUUCUUGGUCCUUUCGGUAAAGUCACGUAGAAGGGAAGUAAUAAAAUAAUAAAAAUAAAACAUAAUUAAAUAAUUCUCACGACGUUUCGGCCACAAUGCAAG